AUAAGUUUUUGAUGAUGUUGAUGAAUGAUGAUAAAUCAUGCUUAUCAAUGCUCCAUGGUUAUGUUUAUAUAUUUAUAUUAAUUAUUAUAUGUUGAUUAUUGAUGUUUUUUAAUUAUUUGUCUUAUUUUUUUAUCAAGGUACUUGAAGAGUUCAUUAUUUUUUGAUGAAUUUACUCCAAAAUGACUGAUGGAUUACACUGGAUCCACUGAUGGUUUAAUUGUUUGGUAAUCUGGAGCAGUCUCGAGUGAAUCAACGUGUUUUUUUAAACACAAAUCUUAUAAUGAAUCACAUGAUUAUUUAGAAGUCAAAAAUCAAAAAAUUGUUUCAGCAAUUCAAUAGAUUUCCGAAUCUUAUCGCAAUCGAUAUUGAAAAGAUAAGCCAUUAAAGUGCCUCAGUGUCAUUCAACGCGUUGUGAAAUAAGUAAAUUAAAUUGACCAGAGAAUAAAAAAAAUCUAUUAAAAUAUGGUUCUAAAUGAUAGAAAUAAUGAUCGUAAAAUGAGCUAUAAUGUUGAUGAAUUUGAGUAUCCAAGUGACAGUGAUUAUGAUUCAGAAGAAAAAAAUGAUGAAGAAGAAGAGAAAGAAGAAAUUUACGGUUGGGAUUUAUUUCGUCAUUUUCCACCAAAAAUAAAAACUGGCUCAAAUGCUGAUACAAGCAUUUAUGAUUUUUCACUUCAAGUUGUUAAAUUUUUAACAUACAUUGUAUUAUUUAUUUUAACAAUUUUUUGUGGUGUAUUAUCAAAGCUGACAAUUUUAUUAGCAACAUCACAAAUUGAAAAAACUCAAGCAAUUCCAUAUUGUAUUUACAAUAAAAUUGAAAAUCGAGCUAGUAUUGAAAAAAUAACGACAAUAAUACCUGAAGAAAGUCGUCUUACUUGGUGGUGGUGUAUUAUAUUUAGUUUUUCAUUUGCUGAAGGAAUAACACUGUUAAAUACAUUUUAUUAUAUAUUAUUUAAAAAAAAGAAAUUUCCAAAUUUAUGGUAUUUAUUAUUAGUUUGUUUAUUUGAAAUAUUUCAUACUAUUGGAAUGGCUAUUCUUUUUUUAGUUAUAUUACCAGAGUUAGAUACAAUUCAAGCUGUUACUGUCAGUAGUUGUACUUGUUUUAUACCUGCAGUAUUAGGAUUAUUAUCAAGAAAUCGACAACAAGAAGGAUCUAGAAAUAUAUUUAUUUUUCUUUUGAUUGGUGAUAUUCUUGCAUUGAUUGGUCAACUAAGUGGAAUUAUUUUUUUACCAAUUUUAAGUGAAAUUAAUGAUACAGCUAAAUUGUUGUUACCUUGGGUAUUAAUUUUAUCAUCUUGUCGAUGGUGGCUAAAUUAUGUUUCACCAAAAAGUAAAAUUGGUUUCAUCAAAUUUUUAUCAAAUAUUAAAGAUGAUUUAGAAAUUUCACGUGGAAUUGUUCAAGGUGUUACUGCUAUUUUACGAAUAACAACAUUUUUAUUGACCUCAUUGAUGAUAGUUUCUUGGAAAAAUAUUGAUCAAGAUAAAUUUUUUAAUUGUUUACCUGGUAAAAUAAAUUUUAAUUUAUAUUUAAAUACAACAAAUGAAUUUAUUGGUAUUACAAAUGAAGACACAUUAACUCCAAUUGUAAUUUUUUUAAUAAAUGCAUUUGCAUCUUUUGUAACUUAUUCAUGUGGAAAAUUUUCAAGUAGAACAUUGAUGCAACGAUUUGGUUUUGCAUUUCCAAUAAGUCUUGUUUUACCAUCAACAAUUUUAACGAUAUUUGUAUUAUCAAAUAUUUAUGAAACAAAUAAAUGUGCAUAUCAUGAAUUACAUCUUCCAUCAUAUGUAUUUUUCAAAGAGACAAAAAAAAUUUAUACUAUUAAUGAUUUUAUAAAUCAAUGGGAAAAAUGGCUUUGGAUACCUUGGUUAAUGUCCCAGGCUUGGAUAACAAUGCACAUUUGGACACCUUACUGUGAAAGACUUGCAACAUCUGAUAGAAUUUUUGCAGUAUCUUCAUAUGACUCACUGAUCAUUGAUCAAUCAUUAAUGCUAAAUAGAAAAAAAGAUGAUGCACCAGAAGAUCCAGCAGACAUUGAGGGAUUUCGUCCAGAAGAUACUUGUGGUACCUAUUCAACACGUAAUUCAGAGACAUUAUCAUCAGCUAUAAAACCAGGUGAUCGUGUUACAAGAAUAUAUGCAUGUGCAACAAUGUGGCAUGAACUUCAAGAUGAAAUGAUGCAACUUAUAAGUAGUAUAUUACGUCUUGAUUUGUGUCAAUCAGCAAUGAGAUUUACACAAAAACGUUAUAGAAUACAAAUUGAUGAUUAUUAUGAAUUAGAAACUCAUAUAUUUUUUGAUGAUGCAUUUCAAUGUAUGUAUGGUUGUACGAGUAUUUGUAAUCAUGAUGAGAAUGAAACACAAGUUAAUUCUUAUGUUAAAACAUUAAUUAAAUGUAUGAAAAUAUCUGUUGAAAGAUUAGGUAUGUUGGCAUCACCACCAAUGAAAUAUCCAGCACCAUAUGGUGGUAGAUUAGAAUGGAAGCUACCUGGUCAAACAAAAUUAAUAGCACAUUUAAAAGAUAAAAAUAAAAUACGUCAUCGUAAACGUUGGAGUCAGGUAAUGUAUAUGUAUUAUCUUCUUGGUUAUCGUUUAAUGGAUCGUUCAAUUCAUAAAAAUCGUAAAGAAAUAAUUGCUGAAAAUACAUAUAUUUUAACUCUCGAUGGUGAUAUUGAUUUUCAUCCAUCAGCAGUUAAGGUAUUGCUACAUUUAAUGAAACGUGAUAAAUCACUUGGUGCAGCAUGUGGUAGAAUUCAUCCAGUUGGUUCAGGUCCAAUGGUUUGGUUUCAAAAAUUUGAAUAUGCAAUUGGUCAUUGGUUACAAAAAUCAACUGAACACAUGAUGGGUAGUGUAUUAUGUAGUCCAGGAUGUUUUUCAUUAUUUCGUGCAAAAGCAUUGAUGGAAGAUAAUGUCAUGAGAAAAUAUGCAACAAGAUCAACUGAUGCAAGACAUUAUGUACAAUAUGAUCAGGGUGAAGAUCGUUGGCUUUGUACAUUGAUAUUACAAUCUGGUUAUCGAGUUGAAUAUUCAGCAGCAAGUGAUUCAUUUACACAUGCACCAGAAACAUUUAAUGAAUUUUAUAAUCAAAGAAGACGAUGGAUUCCAUCAACAUUAUUAAAUAUAUUUGAUCUUUUAAAUACAUCUAAAGAAACAAGACAAGCUAAUGAAAAUAUUUCAAGACCUUAUAUUGCAUAUCAAUGGAUUUUAAUGGGUAGUACUAUUCUUGGACCAGGUACAAUAUUUUUAAUGCUAGUUGGUGCAUUUGUUGCUGCAUUUGAAAUUGAUAAUUGGACAAGUUUAUAUUAUAAUUUAAUUCCCAUUGGAAUAUUUGUUGUUAUUUGUUUUUCAUGUAAAGCAAAAUUACAGUUACUUGUUGCAGCAAUAAUAUCAGCAAUAUAUGGUCUUGUUAUGAUUGUUGUACUUGUUGGUAUUAUGUUACAAAUUGCUGAAGAUGGCUGGACAGCACCAAGUACAAUAUUAUUUUUUGCUGUUGUUGGUCAACUUAUUAUAACUGGUAUAUUACAUCCAAAUGAAUGGGGUUGUUUAAUAUGUGGAUUAAUGUAUUACAUAACUGUUCCAUCAAUGUAUUUAUUAUUAAUAAUAUUUUCAUUAUUUAGUAUUAAUAAUGUAACAUGGGGAACAAGAGAACAAAAACCAAUUGAAAAUAAUGAUGUCGUUAUAAAUAAUGACACAAAAAAUUCAAUAAAUAGCUCAAUAAAUAAUAAAAAUAAAAUUAUUGAAAAUGGUGUUGUUAAUUUUUCAUUUGCUGGAUUAUUUAAAUGUAUUUUUUGUACAAAUAAUCAAGUAUCAAAUGAAGAAUUAAAGCUAGAUAUUAUUAAUCAAUCUUUAGAUAAAAUUGGAUCACGGCUAGAUUCAAUUGAAAAACAUUUUGAUGGUAAUGAAAGUCAAACAAGUCAACAAACAAUAAUUCAAGAUGAUAAAUUACAUGAUAUACAAUUGGAUGAUUUGAAUGAAAAUAAAAUAAAUGAUUUAACAAUAAUUACAAAUAUAAAUUCAAAUGAAUAUAAUUAUAAAAAACGUGAUAAUAAACUUUGUAAUUUUUUAGUUAGUCCAACGUGGCUACAAGACAAUGAAAUAUCAAAAGGUGGAAUUGAAUUUUUAUCACAUGAAGAAGAAGUUUUUUGGAAACGUUUAAUAACAAAAUAUCUUUAUCCAAUUGAUGAAGAUAAAAAACAAUUAGAAAAAAUAGCUGAAACACUUAAAGAACUUCGUAAUGAAUAUUUAUUUAAAUUUUUUAUGAUUAAUGCAUUAUUUGUGUUAAUUGUAUUUUUAAUGCAAUUAAAAAAAGAUAUAUUACAUAUUAAUUGGCCAUUUGGUGCAUCAUAUAAUAUAUCAUAUGAUCGAGCUAUGAAUGAAGUACAUAUUGAUAAAGAUUAUUUACAAUUAGAACCAAUUGGUUGUCUAUUUAUUCUUGGUUUUGUUUUAAUAUUAUUUGUACAAUUUGUUGCAAUGUUGUUUCACAGAUUUGAAACAUUUCAUCAUAUUUUAGCUAAUACACCAUUAAAAUUAUUUCGUUGGAAUUCAAAAAGUAAUACAACUGAAUUAUCACUUGAUGAACAUGUUGAGGAUCUUGUUGAUGGUUUACAAAAAAUUGCUGAAGAUAAUGCAAAUCCAGUAUCACCAAAAACAAGACAAAGUGUUGGAAAAUCACCGGGGAAACGUAAAACAGUACAUGAAUUAAUAGAAAAUAAUGAUAAAAAAAUUAAAAUUCCAGCAAAUUUUGAUACAGUUUUUCGUCAAAAUCUUCGUGAAAAAUCUGAUAAUCCAAGACUGACAUCAUCUGGUAUAUCACAAAAUGUAUUAAAAGCAUUUGAACGUCGUAGAACAACAUUUGUUGCUCAUCAAAGAAAAUCACAAUUUCAACGUACAAAUUCAGAACAUAUUUAUCAAAGUCCUACUGAUAAUAAUCAACGAGAAAUUAAUAAAUCAUAUAGCUAUGAUAAUCCAUCAUUUAUACAAGAAGAAAAUGAAGAAAUUGAACCAUCAUUACCAAGAUAAAAAAGUCAAAUUCAAUAUUCAAAUUCAAUAACACAAUAAUAUUUUUUAAUUAUUUUUAAUGAUCAAUAAAAAUUACUGUAAAAUUUUUAAUUAAUUUUUUCUUUAAAAUUAAAAAUUUUCUUUUUUAUCCUGCUAGAUUUUAAUUAUUAUUUUAUUCUUAAAUUUCCGGAAGAUUUUGUGGCUCCACCUUGAGAUCUAGCUUCAUUGAAUUUCUAUGAAUUUUUUAAUGUGUGUGUGUUGCAACUUUGUGCAACAUAAAAAACAAUUAUUGCAUCGGCAUUUUAAAUGAAUAAAUAAAAAUUAAUAAUAAAAA